AUGCUUUCACUUUCUAUCAUAUUGUUUGCUUCUAUAUUCUGUAGAAGUCAAGCAUUGACCAAUGUUGGUGGGGUACUUCUUCAAGAUACUGUAUGGAGCAGCACUGGUAAUGCUAAUCCUUACUACCUCGUCAAUGAUGUUCAAGUGCCAUAUAAUUCUACACUAACUAUUCAAGCAGGUGUACAGAUUAUUUUUGGUUCUGGCAAUCUUGAAAUACUUAUCAAAGGAGUUUUGAAAGUACAAGGAACUGCCAAUAAUCCAGUGUGUUUCUACAAUGGUUCUGCCGCAGAUACCAAAUGGAUGAUAACAUUUCAAUCGACUAAUCUUACGCAAAGUUUAAUUAGCCAUGCUGUUUUCACUGGACCCAAAAAAGGAUUACAAACUAAAAAAUCUGCUCCUGGAUUGCAGCAAAAUGCAGGUAUUUUAGUGAUCCAGAAUACAGCGUUUGUUGGAGAAACUACAAUUGAAACCAAUGGUAGGCUCUCUGGUAAUUAUCCACUGCCACGUGUUUUACCUGCUCCUUCUCUAAAACUUACCUCAGUAGUAAUAAAUGAUUCGAUGGUGUCAACUGGUAAUGAUAUGAGCGAGCCCAUUCUUAUAAUUAACAGUAAACUUUUUAAUGCAACUGCUCGACCAGCAGCAGCUCUUGGCGGCAUUCAGUUCUUAAAUUCCAAGCUGCAGACCUUGACUAUUAUAAUGGGCAAAGACUAUUAUGGCCACUCAGGAAUUCUUGAAUUUAACGAUUCAACAGUCGAUAAUGCAGUCAAAUCAUGUUUAAAUGAAUGGUGUAGUUCAUCUCUUCAUAUUAGGGCAUUCCGAAGUGUGAUUCGUCAUUCUUCAUUUAAAGUUGCUGCAUAUUCAUAUGAGGAUUACAUUCAGAAUUCUUUCAUAAUUGACAGCUCAACAUUCAGAAAUGUUUCGAUAGAUGCCUCAGGGCUGUAUUACUACUAUGAUGGCGCAGCUAUACCUUACUCUAUAUUUAUGAACAACUCCAUAUUCCACACUGGUGAUAUUAGACUUGGUAGUUUUCCGAAAUCUGCAAUGUUUCAAAACUCGAAAUUUCAAGAAACAAACAUUGCAGCUGGUACUUCGGAUCGGUAUGGUCCUUGGCCUGGAAUAAACAUAACAAAUGUCAUCUUCCAAAAUGGGAGCUUAAUUUUGCCUGUAUCUAACGUCGCCAUUAUGUAUUCAACUAUCGUACUUGGAGUACCACCAUUGGUAUUGGGUGAUAAUUCGAUUAUCUCAUGCAGUUCUAUCAAACGUUUUUCGUCUGUACUGCAAGCAAGUACAACAGGAAUUCAGGCUACUACUAUCACAAUAACUCAAUCAUCCAUUAGCUCUUUUGAAGUUGGUCUACAAGUAACACCGUUGAGUAUGCAAACAAGUUCAAUUUCAAGUUCUAAUUUUAUUUCCAACAGUCAAUUCAAUAUCCAAAAUGUUGGUGUGUAUGAUGUACAAGCAGCUGGCAAUUGGUGGGGAUCCUCGAACGAUACAGCAAUCCACAACAAAAUUUAUGACUAUUGGGACAAUAUCAACUAUGGUCAAGUACUCUACUCUAACUAUUCAAACGUAAAGCUCCCAGCUGAAAAUGACUGUCCAUCUUACAGUCCAGUGUAG